AUAGACCUAAUCCAUUUCUCUUCUCCCGUUAUAUAUUCAAACAAAAAAAAUAUCAAAGCCCUUGUCUCAUCUCUAAAACCACUCUAAUAGUUAAGCAUGGUGGUUAACCAGAAGAUAUCCGGUCUCGCAGCCGUUAUGAACGCCAAGAUCAUCGGUUCUGGUGAGAGGUCAAUGGUCUUGGCACACGGAUUUGGAGGCGACCAGUCGGUUUGGGAGAAGAUAAUUCCGGUCUUGUCCCAGUCUUUUAAUGUUUUGGUCUUUGACUGGCUUUUCUCUGGAGCCAUCAAAGACCAAACUCUUUAUGACCCUUCGAAGUAUAACUCAUUUGAUGCCUUCUCUGACGAUCUUAUUGCUCUUUUGGAGGAGUUGAAGUUUGGCCCCGUUGUGUUCGUUGGCCAUUCCAUGUCUGGCAUGAUCGGUUGUGCUGCUUCUAUUAAGAGACCGGACUUGUUUACAAAUCUUGUCCUUAUUGCUGCUUCUCCCAGGUACAUAAACAGUGAGGAUUACAAAGGAGGGUUUGAGCCAGAAGACAUUGACGCGAUCAUCUCCAACAUUGCCUCCAACUACGGGGCUUGGGCGGUUGCUUUCGCCUCCAUAGUGGUCGACUCAAGAGACUCUCUCUCGGUCCAAUGGUUCGAGAAGUGUCUUAAGAAGAUGAAGCCCGAGACGGCUCUUUCUUUAGCUAAGAUAGUGUUUGGUAGCGACGAGAGAGAGAUCUUGGGCCAAGUGUCAGUGCCUUGCCAUGCCAUACAGCCAGGAAAUGACGUCGUGGUUCCUGUCUCCGUUGCCUACUUCAUGCAAGAGAAGAUCAAAGGGAAAUCUACGGUAGACAUCAUCGAGAACUCCAUUGGGCAUUUCCCACAAAUGACGUCACAUCUGGAGCUUCUAGGAGUCAUGAGACGUCUCCUCGAGUUUUGAAGCUUUAAUAUAAUAAACAGCUUUGCAUUCAAUACUUUUCAUCUAUACAAUAUUAUAUUGCUAAGAUAAUGAAGUGGGUCGAUAAGAGUAUUCAUGUAUAUGUUUGUGUAAUGUGGAUGUGUGUUUUACUGGCAACACAAAUCUAUAUUAUAAUAGUUCACUUCUAAGGCUCCUAAAGCUGUCCACGUCAGCAAGUUUGUGGUCCCGUGCAUUUAAAUUUUAAAAGCUUAUAUAUAUUUUUUUUAAAUGAC